AUUCGAUUGACGUAAGCAGCGUCUGAUCUCGAGUCUACCGUCCAUCAAGACCAUCCAUUCACGCAGGCAAGAGAGCAAAUUGCAGACGGGAUCACUACUGCAAGCAACUCCCAUUGUUGGCAGCAGGAAUACGGCUUACGAAAUGAGGUCGGGCGGGUUGGGAUCUCGUCCGCAGCAGGUGUAUUGGGAACAGCAGGGCCAAGACAGAAUGUGUGCGCUGCACUGCCUCAACUCACUUGUGCAGGUCAGUGAGCUGAGCACCCGACGAGUGGUUGACGAGGACAGGACGGGCACGCCUGCAUCUAUCUGUCUUUCUACGCUGCCUGCCUGCCUGCCUGCCGCUGCGUGUGUCCGUCCAUUCAGGGUCCGGUGUUCACAGCAGCUGAUCUGUCGAAAAUCGCCGUUGGCCUUGACGAGGACGAGAAGAAACUCAUGGAAGUGGGAGAUUCGAAGGACCUCAAGGCGUUCCUCGCUGAGGGAUCAGCCAAGUAGGAGGGAGGGAGGACAGCGCCGCUUUGCGCACACACGCAAGUUGGUUGAUUGAGUUGCGUGUGUGUGUGUUCAGCGUUGCAGAUGACGGGUUCUUUUCUGUGACGGUCAUCAUCAAGUGUCUGGAGCAGAGGGGCAUACAGUGCAUACCCUCCUACCGCCCAGACGUCAUCGAGUCCAUGCAGAAUCCAUCGUGAGCUCAAUUAACUAAGGAGAGAGAGGAUUGGCGUAGACAGAGGAGAACGAAGGCACCCCCAACGUUGGUUGGUUUGGCACUGUCAUGUGUGUUCAGCAAGGAGGAGGCGUUUUUGUUCAACCUGGCGGAGCACUGGUUCGCCGUCCGCAAAGUCAACGGCACAUGGUCAGUGAGUGAGUGCGGGAGGGAGGGAGGGAGGGAGGGACAAGGCAGCACACAACCCUCCACCCACCUCGUGUGUCUGUUUGCGGAUGUGUGUGUGUAGGUACAAUCUCGACUCCAUGAAGGUGCCGAGCAUCAUCGGUGAGUUCGGGCUGAGUGCCUUCAUCACUGCCGUGGUCGAGAAGGGCUACUCCAUAUUCGUCAUUCGGGGGUUCCUGCCGCAGCCAGACCCAGAGGUAGGUAGCUACACAAAUGCACCCACCUAACACACAUACAUCCCGUCCCAUGCCGCUCACUCACUUGGUUGCAUCUGUGUGUGCUGCCAUCCUUUGUGCUGUGCAGGACGUUCGCCGCUGCAGCCCACAUCAGAAGUACCUCACAAACGCCCAGAUCGAAAGUACCCCAGCGGCUCAUUGAGGCGUCCAGUCCGCCAGCCCACAACUCUUUCUGUGUCUGUGUGUGCAGAGAUGCAGGAAGAGGCCAAGGUGAAGGACGCCAAGGACAUGAAGGCAGCCCAGGACCUCGUCAACUCCAAAGAGGGAGGGGGAGAAUCCUCGGGCGCUGCCGAUGGCGACGUGAGACCAUGAACCACCGAGGGAUACCGUGGGCACUCAGCUUCAUUGUCCUUCCCUUGUGUGUAUGCUCCAUUCAUGUGUGAUGCAGAGCUCCUCUGGUCCCAAUUUCCUGGUCCGCAACCCCCACGAGGCCCCCAAACACGAAUGGCCCGACUCAGGCGGACAGUGAGUCGCGACUACCAAAGUCUGAUGCCAUAUCGAUGUGGGCUGAUUCCCCUCCCUCCCUCCCUCCCUGUCUGUCCGUGUGUGUCAAUCAAUGGUUGUGUGUGUCAGGCGUCUUGGCGGCGGCGCUGCAGCGGAGGCUGUCCCUGCGAUUGGCGAGGAGCACAUCGACCUCGGUGACAAGGAAACCACACAAGAACAAAUAUAUCCGGCAGAUGGGCUUUGAUGGGACGGGUGGUACAUGGUACGGUGUGUAUGGUAUGGUAUGGUAUGGCGUGCAGAUGAGGACCCUGAGCUCGCUGAGGCGCUCCGCCUGUCGAUGGAAACACACAAACAGGUAGGUACCCAUGACAGACAUGAACGAACGAUGACAGACAGGACUUACAUCUCACGUGACGUGGUUAUGUGUGUGUGCGUCAGGCCCUGCCCAGGCCGCCCGAGGAGCCCACGUCAGGACGCGCCUAUACGGUGCAGGUAAGCUUCAUCCAGCCACUCACUGAUUGAGUGACACGUCUGUCUGUCCGUCUGUCUGUCUCUCUGUCUGUCUCUCUGUCGUCAGGUGCGUCUUCCUUCCGGCGGCCGCAUGGUGCGCAAGUUUGCGCCUUCACACAUCAUCAAGGUAAGCACCUACCUUACCUGACACUACUCACUCUACUCUUGGCGUACGUAUUGUGCGUGGUUCGCCCCCCCCGCAGCAUUUGUUCCACUGGUUGGAGUAUGAGGAGCUGAGCGGCGUCGAGCCCAAACUCAGCAUGCGGGGCACGUGGUCACUGGUCGUCCCAUUCCCAAAGUAGCCCACCGACAACAGGCCCAACCGACACACCGUGAACCCUCUCUCCUUUGUCCAUGUGUCUGUCUGUCUGUCUGUCUGUCGUCAGGAAGCGCUAUGCCCGCGAGUCGGAGGGGCGUAUCGUCCUGUACGAGGGAACGAAUGUGCGUGAGGGAACCAGCCGGCAUUACACUGAGGGCAGCCAUGAAAUGAAUGAGACAACACGCGUGUGCGUGUGUAUGUGUGUGUAGGGUGGUGUGGAUGUGUCUGAGGUGACAUUGGAGUCGCUGGGCUUCUCGAACCAGGAGGCAUUCAACCUGCAGCUCUGACUCAGAUGACCAAUCAGCUGAGCCAGGCGGGCGGGCCGGGCGGGGGGGCAUUCAUAUAUACGAGGGCUUGUCAGUCAGUGCGGGCCGAAUGGCUGUGUGACACAAACGUUACGUACGUGGCGACAAAGACGUAGAGUGCAGCAAAAUGGAUGGAUGCCACAACCAUUGAUUCAUUCACUUAAUGAAUGGGAUGGAUGAAUGGGUGCAUGGAUGGAUUUGAUGGGUCCAUCCAUCCAUGCGGCUCAUCGAGUCUAUCGUGACUGUCAGCUGCUCGCUUUAUUGAAUCCAUGCAAAGUGAGCGCGGCUCACUGCGCCCUCCCCCCUCCUUUGCCUGAGAGAGAGAGCGACCGUGAACGGACGGAUGUCCUUGAG